AUGGCGAUCUCUGCUGUUCAGAUCAGCAGCACCCGGUUUCGCGACGCCUUCCUGCCGGGUUCUGCUAACGUCGAUGCAUCGAGGCCCGAUGUUUCAAACCCAUUUGCAGCUCUACAGCGAGCUAAUCAGAUCAAGGAGAGACAGCUGUCUAAGCGUUUCAUGGCUAUCGUCAAUGACCACAAUCUCGUCCAGGGAUUGACCUGCUCCUCAUAUCAACAACACCCUACAUCCAUCGAAUACGACAAAAUAGGUCACCACACCACUGCGGCCUUGUUUCGAAACACAUCCAUACCCAAGGCGGGACAGCCCGUCUGGGCCGACCAGCUUCUCCCGAUUCAGUUUAAGGCAAAGGACCCUGGAGUCGACCCCUUCUCGGACAUCGAACGCAACGACGAGUACGGCUUUCUAGACUUUUCUCGGAAGCAACUGCUCGAUGAGAUCUCUGCGACCGCCGAGCUGCUUCUCGCCGCCCAGCAACGUGUAUUCCUCUUCAUGUUCCUAGUGAUCGGUCGUCGAUUUCGUUUGCUUCGCUGGGACAGAGCAGGCGUCAUCGUUACUCCACCUAUCGAUUACGUCAAGCAGCCUUCCGUUCUCUGCGACUUGCUCUGGCGGAUCUCCCAUCUCAACGACGCGGGAAUCGGUCUAGAUCCUAGCGCCACUCGCGUCCUUCCUGGUGACGUUGAUUUCCUGCGCAUGGAUCUAGCCGCGCAAAAGAAUCCCAAAGACAUGAGCCAUAUGGAACGAGAGGUGUCCGCGUCUGAAGAGGAAGAACCCUUCGUCUUCGACUACGUCCGCUCGCUGUUCCGUCUGUCAAUCAGUAACGACUGGCCUCGCUACAAACUCGAAGUCGCUGACGGCACGGCUUCUCGCGGCUACCUUGUCGGCAAGCCUACUUUCCGCGCCCCUGGUGUGACGGGGAGGGGCACUCGUGGUUACGUCGCGUUUGACUGCAAGACAGGUCGCUUCGUGUGGCUCAAGGACGCGUGGCGAGCAUCGUACAUGAUCUCCCGCAGGGAAGGCGACGUGCUUGAGAAACUCAACUCGGCGGGCAUUGAACACGUUCCGACUCUGGUAUGCCAUGGAGACGUCGAGGACCAAGUGACUAUCACUGCGGACUGGUGGGAGCGCAGAUGUCCCAUCUCCACGGUCUCCUCGUCUUCGUCUGCAGGGUCGUCUGAGUCGUCUUCAUACACCCUUUCUGUGUCGGCAUCGCCCCGCAGCAGGAAGCGCAAAAGGAUGCAAGCCACCAGCGGCGAGCGCUCGCUGCAGAAUAGCGCAUAUAGUUCAAGUUCGACUGUGGGCUCGGACCAGCCGCUUCCCGAGCACAAGCACUACAGGCUCGCUGUGGAAGAGGUGUGUCUUCCACUGAAGAACUUCGAAUAUGGCCGGCAGCUGGUUUUUGUCGUCCUGCACUGCUUGCUUGCCCAUCACCAGGCUGCCACCAACCCGGCAACACGCCUUCUCCAUGGCGACAUCAGCAGCGGGAAUAUCCUCAUCUAUCCCAGGAUCAAGCGUACAUACGACGGCGAUAGCCCCAUGAUGCUAUGGACUGGGCUGCUCACCGACUGGGAGUUGUCGAAGAGUGUGGAUGACGACGAGGCGUUGUGCACGGCUUCGCAGGGAACAUACCAGUUCAUGUCCGUGAACCGGCUCCUUCAGGUUGAACCGAAGGCCAUCAAGAUCUCCGACGAGCUCGAAUCAUUCUUUCAUGUUCUGGUGUACUAUUCAGUGCGCUCCCUCCAUUCGAACUGUCCAGACGUCUCGUUCUGGAUCGACGAAUACUUCAAUACUUACGCCGCUCUCGGACGCAUGUACCCGUGCGGACAGAAAUCCUCGACGGUCGAGUCCACUGGACGUCUUCAAACGGGGGCAGGCGAGGGCCCGCUCCUGUUCGAGAGCCCCAUGGACUCGAUCCUCGCCACCAUGCUCCAAUGCCUGAGGGCACACUACAAGAUUAUCCAGGACGAAGGACGCAAGCUCAUGUCGGCUGCUCCUGCGCGUUCUCACAUGAGGCGGACACGAUCUUCCUCGCCCAUUUUCGACCUGAUUCCUCUCGACAAAUACGACCUGAAAGCGAUCCUGGAGGAGGAGGAGGAGGAGGAGGAGGAGGAGGAGUAUACCAUUCCGAAGACUAACUAUUUGCCAGCCUCCUCGUGUAGCGAUGCUCCGACGGCGAGAGACCGCGAUCUUGCGAGCAAGAUCACUACGCAUGACUACUUCCUCAAUGUCUUGAACAGCUUGGUCUGUCAUCCCGACUGGCGGGGUGGCGACCGCAUCCCGAAGUCUUCGCAAUGUUGCAAGUCGUCGCCGAACGUGAAGGCUGAUGCGUCGAAACUAGCAUCGGCUUCUUCAAGGACAGAUCGAGAGACGAGCAACAAGCGACGGCGGACGUCUGGACCCGAGCGCAAUGUCUCUCUGCGUGCUCGCCUACGCACUUCGACGCGGCACGCGCAAAGUUUUCCCGUCCGUGAGACGUGUUAUAAAAUCUCUCCUUGUGCAUGACAUGGUGUCCGUCAGAUCCCAUGCGUGUGCCCUGUGCACCCGUUUU